AUGGCCUCCAUCACCAAGCAGACGUACACUCCGGCCGAGGAGGCCGAGAUCGCCCAGUGGAAGACCACGGCAGAGCGCCUCGCUCAAAGCCCCAGCGACGCCUCCAUCCUCGACGCUCUCAACACCCACCUGUCGUCCCGCACCACCGUCCUCGGCGCCAAGCCCAGCUUCGCCGAUGUCGAGCUGUACAAGGCUCUUGCCCCUUCCGUCAAGGCAUGGACCCCUGAGCAGCGCACCGGCAAGGAGGGCAGGCCGCACAUUGUACGCCACCUCGACUUUGUGCAGAACGCCAACGGAGUCUUUGGGCUUGACGUGGCCGAUGCCGAGAAGGUAGCAGUAGAUGCCGACGAGGUGCUCUACGUCAAGCCACCUGUCGAUGCCAAAGCUGAGAAGGAGAAGCUGAAGAAGGAGAAGGCCGCCGCUGCUGCUGCCGCCGGUGGAAAUGCAGACCAAAAGACUCUUGCCGACCGUACCAAAGAUGCCGCCGCCAAGGCCGGCGAGAAGGUGACUGAGGCCAAGGACAAGGUGGUAGCGGCCGUCUCCGGAGAUGCUCCCCAGCAAAAGAAGAAGGAGAAGAAAGAGAAGGCGCCCAAGCAGCAAAAGGCACCUGCGGUUGCUGCGCCGCCCAGCCCUGGCCUGAUCGACCUCCGCGUCGGCCACAUCCUCAAGGCCAUCAAGCACCCCGAGGCUGAUAGCCUUUACGUCUCAACGAUCGCCAUGGGUGACCCGGCUGGCACUCCGGACACGGAGGAGUACGAGGGUCAAGUAGUGCGCACCGUCUGCUCAGGUCUGAACGGGCUGGUCCCGCUCGAGGAGAUGCAAGGUCGCAAGGUCGUUGUGGUUUGCAACCUCAAGCCUGUCAAGAUGCGUGGUGUCAAGUCGUGCGCCAUGGUGUUGGCAGCGUCGCCGCGCCUGAAGGAGGGCGAGGCGGAUGACCACAAGGGACCCGUUGAGCUGGUCGCCCCGCCUGCCGAUGCCCCGGCUGGAGCACGCGUCUUCUUUGACGGGUGGAAGGCCGAGCCUGAGAAGCAGCUCAACCCUAAGAAGAAGAUUUGGGAGAUGUUCCAGCCUGGGUUCACCACUACGGAUGAUUUGGAGGUUGGGUUCGAUGCAGGUGUGGUCGCCGACUUGGGCAAACAAGGUCUGGGUAAGCUGGUUACUGAGGAUGGAAAGGUUUGCACGGUCAAAUCGCUCAAGGGUGCUACGGUCCGAUAA